UUAAAAACCAAAGUGUAGAGAUGGGGCCAUAUUCUUAUCCUAAGAGUAAGUGACUGGUAAGAGAAUGGGAGGAAGAAAUCAACUGAAAGAAUACCACAAACUACAAAAGAUGGGAUUGAAUUUGAUCAAUAUAACUCUAAAGCCUUACAAUUAACAGCAUUGCCAUUACCCAAAAAUAGCCCAGCAGAACAAAAAAUCAGUAGAAAAAAUGGCCAACAGGUUGGUUGUGGUUCAGCAAAACCAACCAGCUUCUUCUUUGCCUCUCAUCCAUUCUUCUCUUUCUUCUGACUUUAAUGGCUGUAGACUCACUCACUCUGUCCAGUUCAAGAGAAAUGCAGUGCAGCCUAAAGGUGCAUUGCAUGUAACAGCAUCAAGUGCCAAGAAAAUCCUUAUAAUGGGAGGUACCCGAUUCAUUGGUAUUUUCUUGUCAAGACUCUUAGUCAAGGAGGGUCAUCAGGUGACUCUUUUUACAAGAGGAAAAGCACCAAUCGCGCAACAAUUACCUGGUGAAUCCGAUGCUGAUUUUGCUGAUUUUUCGUCCAAGAUCCUGCACUUGAAAGGUGAUAGACAAGAUUCUGACUUCGUCAAGAGCAGUCUCACUGCUGAAGGUUUUGAUGUUGUCUAUGACAUCAAUGGGAGAGAAGCAGUUGAAGUAGAGCCCAUAUUGGAUGCACUUCCUAAGCUAGAACAAUAUAUUUACUGUUCCUCAGCUGGUGUCUACCUUAAAUCAGAUCUCAUGCCGCAUUGUGAGGUAGAUGCAGUUGAUCCCAAGAGUAGGCACAAGGGAAAGCUUGACACAGAGAGCUUGCUACAAACAAAGGGUGUAAACUGGACUGCUUUAAGGCCUGUGUACAUUUAUGGUCCUUUGAACUACAACCCUGUCGAAGAAUGGUUCUUCCACAGGCUCAAAGCUGGUCGCCCUAUUCCUAUCCCUGGUUCCGGUAUUCAAAUUACCAGUCUAGGACAUGUUAAGGACUUGGCCACUGCAUUCGUACAAGUUCUUGGAAACGACAAAGCAAGCGGGCAAGUCUACAACAUUACCGGAGAAAAGUAUGUGACAUUUGAUGGACUAGCAAGAGCAUGUGCAAAGGCUGGUGGAUUUCCAGAACCUGAGAUCAUCCACUACAACCCCAAGGAGUAUGAUUUUGGUAAAAAGAAGCCUUUCCCAUUCCGUGACCAGCAUUUCUUUGCAUCAAUCGAGAAGGCGAAGAAAGAACUCGGUUGGGCGCCUGAGUUCGACUUAGUCGAUGGUCUUACAGACUCAUACAACUUAGAUUUUGGAAGAGGGACAUUCAGGAAAGCAGCUGAUUUCUCCACAGAUGACAUUAUUUUGGGCAAGACUCUUGCUACUGUCUAAGUAACAGAUUUCUAUUUUCACUUUAAUCAAUUGUUCGUAAAAAUUCCUAAUCAAUAACCGUGAUUUGUAAAUCACCACAAAAGGACAAAAAAAAUAAUAUUAAAAUAAACAAAAUAAAAAAAGAUAAAUAAAACAAUAAAAUUCUCACCAUAUCACAUCCUACCACAUAAGGGUGAUUUAUUAACCUUACGAAUAAUAAGACUUUCUCUGUUGUAAAUGUAAUGUACAUUUUUUUGCUCGUCAAACAUUAUUUACAACCUGAGUUUUGCGGGUGAAUAUGUUAGAUGCAAAUUUUAUACUGUGAGCUCCAAUGUUCCAUGUUAUGUUAUGUAAAUGUAAGUGGUA